AUGGGGCGGGCAGGGGAGCGGAGACGCGGCGGCACGGGGACGCGGAGCUCCGUACGACGGCGCCGCCCGCCCACCGGUGCCGGUGACCGCCCCGGUGCCACAGCGGCGCGCGCCCGCCCUCCCCGGAGCGCCGCUCGGCCCCUCGCGCAACAAUGCGUGCCCCCCUUCGGCACCGCGGCCCCCCCCGUCCUGAGCGCGAUGGUUUCGUCAAGCCACCGAAUCAGCUGGGAGCGGCAUGUACCACAGCACAUCCCCGGGGGAGGCUGGGGAGGAUCGCCCAGGGACGGCCGCGGGGUGGGGGGUGCUGGUGCCGCUUGCACAUGCGCAGACGGGCCCCUGACGCGGAAGUCUGUCGGAGGGAGCGGGUCCCGGGGGGCCGGGCCGGGCCCGUCCCGGGCUGCCGUUCCCGCUGUGCCGGGACCUGCCUCGCCGAGGGACGCUGUUCAAUAUCUUUCACUUGUCCUGGUCGCUGCCAGCGCAGUGUGCCGGGGCCGGGCCGGCUGUGCGCGCUCGGGACUUCUCCCCGGAGGCUGGGAGGCUCCGGUGCAGUGCGGGCCUGUAGCUGUUCGUCCUCGGUUACCUCAGUCCGAACUAAAGCCGUGUAGGUGUUUGACGUACUCAGGGCUCUCCUCGCCUGUGGUGAGCGCCAUGAGGACAUGGAGCUGUGGGCUGGCUGCAGCCGGGACAAGGCAGGCCGCGCCCGCCCCGUGCUCUGGGACCUGCAAGAGCCGUUCUAGUCUGGGGUUGCCUGACUCCCAACUGAUGCAACUGCCUGCCCUCUCUGAAGUGUCUGUGGCUGCAAACCACCCUGUGCACUGACCAGCACCUGGGCUCUCCCUUGGCAAAGCUCUCUGAGGACAAAGCUGAGCUGCUGAGGGUACCAAGAGAAGUGAGUGCGUGCAAAAAAAGUGUCCUUGGCCUUGAUAACUCAGCCCUUUAAGCCACUAAGUCAGCUGGAAGCUGAAAUGGUCUCUUUUUGGUGGUUACUGCACUGCUACCAGAGGCUGUAAACUCCUCUCAGAUAAGGAGUGCCUUCUUAAAGACGAUCUAAUAGGCUUUAUGUCUAUAAUUGCUAUUAAGGUAAGCUCAUACUGAGUUAGCUUCCGACUAUUACAAAUGUUGUGCAGAAGCAGUCUCUCUGCUCAGUACUUCUG